AAUCCGAUCAAUUUAUCGAAUCAAUCCGCCAACCGAUCAAAACUCUUAAUAGAUAAGAGUUCAUUUUCUUGAUUUCUCACCAAUAGGAAUGGCUGGAUUCUCUUAUACCAAGAUAUCAUUGGGGUUGGCUUGCCCCAUCUUUGUUGAUUCUUGGUCCUUUAUGGGGCUUUUUAGCCCCCUUUUUGUAAAAAGUAUCAAGUAUCUUUAUUAAAUGAACGUUGUCAAAUGAUAAUGAUUUUAAAAAUUGUGUAGUUUUGCUGUAAAAAGCUUGGAGAAGUAGUGCUAGUGUUAUCUUGUCUGCUCCAUCUGUCCAAUAAAUAUAUGUAUGAAGAAGAAGAAAUACCACGUUGCCUCUCCUUCUCAUUCUGAUAUAAAGUUGCUGGGAUCGGCUUAUCUUACACUCCUAUAUACGUGUAUAUAUAUUCUGAAAUAGUUAAUGCAAGCAGUGAGAGGAGGAGGAGGAAGAAGAAGAUGAUGACGUUGUACUUGUGGUUGGGAUUUAUGUAUGGGUUAAUGAUGUGCUCUUUAACAUGGAAAUGUGUAAACUGUUUUGAAUUCGAACACUCUCAGCCUCUGCCUCUCCAAGAUUGGAAUAAUAAUGUCACUUAUAAAGCAGCAGCAGAAGCAUUUGCAUAUGCAUAUGCUCGUCGCACACCACCGUUAAUGGUGGGUCUUACACUUGUUAAUGCAGCUGCUUCAAAGGGAGCUGUCUGCCUGGACGGCUCAUUACCAGGGUACCACAUCCACAGAGGAUAUGGAUCAGGCGCAAACAGUUGGCUCGUUCAAUUGGAGGGCGGAGGAUGGUGUAAUUCAAUCAGAAAAUGUGUUUUUAGUAAGAAAACACGCCAUGGUUCUUCACAUUAUAUGGAAAAGCAGAUACCUUUUGAAGGCAUACUCAGCAACAAAGCUGAAGAAAAUCCUGAUUUUUAUAAUUGGAACAGGGUCAAGGUUCGUUAUUGUGAUGGUGGAUCUUUCAGUGGAGACAGUCAAAAUGAGGCAGCACAACUCUAUUUUAGAGGACAAAGAAUCUGGUCAGUUGUCAUGGAAGAUUUGAUGUCGAAAGGAAUGCGCUAUGCUAAUCAGGCUCUUCUGUCUGGAUGUUCAGCUGGGGGUUUAGCAUCUAUACUACAUUGCGACGAAUUCCGGCAUUUAUUUCCAAGAACUGCUAGAGUCAAGUGCCUCAGUGAUGCUGGUUUAUUCCUUGACGUACCUGACAUCUCUGGUUGGCGCACGUUAAGAUAUAUGUUUGCAGGAGUGGUCACGCUGCAGAAAAACUACGUGUUUAAUCUAUCGCAGGGGAUGCAAAAGAACCUGCCCCAGGGUUGUACUAAACGCUUCAAUCCAAUCAUGUGCUUUUUCCCUCAGCGAUCAAUUGCUAGCGUCAGGACUCCACUUUUUCUUGUCAAUACAGCUUAUGAUACAUGGCAGAUCCAGGUCAGUUUAGCUCCUGCCUCAGCUGAUCAUCAUGGAAACUGGAAUGGAUGCAGAAAAAACUAUGCACGCUGCACUGGAUCACAAAUUAGUUUUCUUCAAGGUUUCAGAAAUCAAAUGCUCUAUGCUGUAAGAGGCUUCUCAAGGUUGAAGAAAAAUGGAUUGUUUAUAAAUUCAUGUUUUGCUCAUUGCCAGACAGAGAGACAGGACACAUGGUUUUCUCCAGGUUCUCCCCACAUUAAAAGCAAGGGGAUAGCGGAGUCUGUUGGCAACUGGUAUUUUGAUCGUGCUGUUAUUAUGGCUAUUGACUGUCCGUACCCUUGUGACCAUACCUGCCACCACCUGGUGUUCAAGUGAUUUUCUAGUUAUAUAGCUACGAUAUGUGUCAUUGAGCUUUCAAGAAAAUAAAAUCUCGUUGAGCAGUUCAAGUGAUGGUCAUCAAGACUCGAUUGCCUUUUUCGUUUUUUCUUUUACAUCUUCACUGAGUUGAAGGGUCAUGAAAGUUGUAAAUGGCAACGUAGAAUUUAUUAGCUGUGAGAUUCAUGCAUGGGAACAUGCUGAGAACAUGCUGAAGGAUCUACUACUACACUUUUGGUUGUCAAGGAAACUUGGGGAUACAGUUGCCUGCUGAAACUAGCUAGUUUUGAUUCUGACAACUUCUAGGCAUUAGGAGUUCAAUUGUCAAUCACAAAAUAAUAAUGAUUAGAAGUACGUUGAUCAUAA